AAUACUUUUUUAAUUUUUGUGCAAGAAGAACUCAGGGACACUAAAAUUAUUAAAUUAAAUACUUAGUGCUUCAACUCCAAUGCUGAUGCAUUGCUACUAACCAAAUUUAAGAUAUUAUUUUUGUACACUUCAUCAGGAUGCUAAAAUAUAUAUACCAGCGAUUACCUUUUACAUGUUUUAUCCGGAGAAGUCCUGAUAAGUUUGUAUUAAAGUUAAAUCUAUUAUCAGCUAAACCCUUUGGUAAGUCAACUAAGUCAUUUUGGCUAGUGUAACACAGUAAUGCAAAAAAAAUAAAACGGGACACUUUCAAGGACGUUUUUUUUUUUUGGGAGGGGGGGGGGAUACCCUCUAGCUCUAAAGAGGAGUCCAGAAACUUAAGUCGGAAACUGUUAUUGAAAUCUAACCUAGAAAUCUACUUGGGGCACUGAGUCUUUUCCUAUGUUCACUGAUAUGAUGUGUUGUUUUAUGUCUGAAUGUCCACCAUGACCAAUACUUAAAAACAUAAUUGCAAACUGUGCACUUGGCUUGACUUUCAUAUCGUCCCUUUUUAAUAUAUUUCCACUCUUUUGAAUACUCCUCCAUAAGCUUACAUUGACACUUUGGCAUAAUUAUUGUCUAAAUAAGAAGAUAAUAUAAAAUUAAAGAAUAAAGUUCAACACCCAAAACAAACACCUGUCACUCUGACACAAACAGGCAGACAGGGAUCACACAUAAGACUAACACAUUACGCGUAGUGGUAGUGGAAUCAAAUUUCAUUUCUGUGUGGUUACGCCCCUCCCUCCCCCUUAACUUGCGUUUUCAAGUCUCAUGUUUUUUGCUUUCCAUUUACAUAUAAGAUCUAUGGCAGGGACACUGUGGUGGAGGGGGAACAGUGCAGCCAUCACACGAGGCCACAUCACUACUGGCAAAAUGAAAAGUGAUGUAAAAGCUUUUGUGGCAAUAUAACAUUCGAGCAUUAUCCGUGGUGUUCUCGUUUUUUUUUUUUGCAUUUUCCGUCACAGUUUACUAACUUCUAAUAAUAAUUUAUUUUGUCAUGAGUGACAUAGAGUGCAUAUUUUUCUAAACACAGUGAUAUCAUUUUCACAGCAUGGUGGAUUUUGUGACUGCAACCAAUGUACUCUGAUGUAUCACUGACAAAAGGGAAUAACUUUAUUUAGUUAAUAAUAGCAAUUUCCCCAAAGCAUUAUGCAUUUAAAUCUGGAAGGUGUACGAAAAUAAAAAUUGCAAUUAUCACCAUUCAUCCCCCUCACAAAAUUUUUUUUUUUUUAAAUUGGGUUGUAGGAAAUAGCACUUAUUAUCAAUUAAAAAAGAUAUAAAAAUAUUUUCAUUAGUCAUUAUUGUUCCUCUUUAAAAAUCUGUAUAGCUCUUAUCAGUUGAUGAAUGGGAAACAGUUUUACCAUAUUGUUAGAAAUUAAUACAAUAACAAAGUAUUAAAAAGAUUUUAUUAAUUUUAGUUUGUGUAGUUGGUUAAUUUCAGACUUGUUUUGUCCCCUGAUUUACAUAAAUAAUUAUAUAAUUACAAUAAAAAUGUUUGUGGGUGUAGGCCCAGUGGUGUAGCUAGGGUUGGUGUCACCCGGUGCAGUACUCUCAUGGUGUCCAUCCCCCCCCCCCCCUUGCAUGAUGGUUUUCUUCCUGUUAAAAUAAAUCCACAGUAUAACAAUGACAAGAAUAAAAAAAAAAACUUAAAUCGAAGGUCUUGAGGUCAAUGUAUUUAAAAUCUAUAAGUUAUAGUUAUUUUUACAUUCAAUUUACUUAAUUUAUAAUUUUCCUCUCCUUCUCUUCAAUCACUUGAUCAAAAUCAAUGUCCUUCACUGUAUCCCUUCCAAUUAACAGCAGAGCCGCAUCAGAAAACCUAGACUGUCCCAUGGAGGAUCAUAAAUAUUUUUUGUUAAGCCUUAGUUUUGAAAAGCUCAGCGCACAUGAAGCCACAUAAACACAUAUCGUAAGAAAAAAUUAAAGGCUUAGCGAGAGCAUUGGAAAUUUGAAGAGAAUCUAGGAAGUCCCAUUCAGCUAUGAAUUUCAAAACAUCAAAUACUGACCAGUCCUUGAAUUUUUGAAAUUCAAUAUCAGCUGCCUUUUGGUGUCUUCUAAGCCUUGGUAUUUCUUUUAAAAAUUCAUCUUCUGAUAACUCAUCAUAAAAGAGGUUAAUUUUGAAAGGACACCAAUAACUCUUCUUCACUUGCUGAUACUAGACUCUUGGUUCGAACAGCCCCAAACAUAUUUGCUCCUGGAUAAAAUUCAAAGAGCACAGAGUAAUGCGACUCACAUUGUUCUUCGCAAACGCAAAUUCCACCAUGCUAAAACACUUCUGAGAGAGCUGCACUGGCUGCCAGUCCGCGCUCACAUAGAGUACAAAAUUGCAACUUUGUGCUACCGCUGCUUACAUGACCUGGCGCCAUCUUAUCUUAAAGCACUCAUGACGCCUUAUGUACCCACUAGAGAGCUCAGCUCAUCCAAUAGUGGCAAACUCUCGACACCACGUGUUCGCCUUGAGACUUAGGGAAAGCGCACUUUUGCAUUUGCCGGCCCAACAAUUUGGAACGCCCUUCCAGUCGCUCUCAGAAACAGCCAGACAGUGGAGUCCUUUAAAACCGAUUUAAAAACACAUCUAUUUCGCAAACACUUUCUGGGGUGAUGCUAUCUACCAUCUUUUUCAGUUAAUGUAUAUUGGCUGUGUUGCUUAUGGUUGAAACGGGAUGAAAGACUUUGACUUGGUAUGCUCGUAUGUAGUUUUAUAUUGUUGCGUCUAUUUUUUAAAUGUGGUAAAUUUUAGAUUGUUUUUAUGUCUCUUUAUAAUGUGGUUGACUUUGUACCGCACUUCGAGCUUUUAGGGAUGAAGCGUGUUUUUCAAAUAAACUUUAUUGUUAUUAUUAUUACUUCCUUGGUCGCUGAUGAUCUGAUCUAGAGUUCAGAAUGAAAACAAUUAAUACAAUCCAGCAUCUCCCUACAGUUUUCUUCUCGCAGAAAGAGUCCAGCAUCUAUUAAUUGUUCUCCUGCCAUUCUCCUCUUCAACCUAAAUCUUCUCUUUAUCGAUAUUCCAUAUCGGUCUGAUUUUAAAAGUGACUUUUCAAUAGCAUAUUCCACCAAGUGACAGUGCUUCUCGUGCAGAAACAAUCUUAAGGCCUCUGGGUUUGUCACCACUUUGUCAAGAGUAAAGCCUUUAGUAUGCAGAUACUGCUGUGUAAGAUUAACUUCCACAAGUACAUCAGCCCAAAGGUAAAGGUAUCAGAUGAACGUGAAAUCAGACAGCAUGUAAAAGACCUUUUGUUGUACCUCUUGCCUCUUGUAUCUAAAUUUUCAAGAGCUUCAAUCACCGCCACACAUUCAUCAAACUCAACUUUCACUGUUUUAACAGCAGCAUGAUGAGCACAUUCCAUCCAACGACAUUCCAGUGUGUUCGGUUAGAAUAUUCCAUCGAUGAGUGGAUGCAGCAAAGAAGGAAAAUAUUUUUUCAAGAGUGCUGAAAAAUGUAAUUCAUGAAGCAUUUUCUGCAAAAGAGUGUUGACUGCACAAGUUAAGUGAAUGGCCCCCACAUAUAAAAAUGGCUUUUUUUAAAUGUUUCGUUUCAGAAUGGCCUCAAUACCUUCAUGGAUUCCAGACAUUGUGGCAGACUUAUCGUAACCUUGAGCUCUGAACAUCAUUAUGUCUUGUCCAUAAAGUUUUAGAUUUGUAAGAAUUUCAGAACAGAGGUCAUCAGUUUUUUCCCCACUUAAAGGGAAAAAUGUAAGAAACCCUUCUCUCCCUUCAACUUUCCCAUUGUGGAUUUUCACAUGUCUGGUCACUGUGUGAUAUAUCAGGUGUACUUUCGAACAUAAUUCCAAAAUGCCUCACAGCCUUUAUAUCCAUGAUAAGAAUCUCCUUCACAUGAUUUGUAAUGUAAUAAAGAGACCUAUUGGUGUAAUUUUGCAGCAGUUACUUGCUUAUUUCCUAAUUUAAUCAAUUUCGCGCAUGUUAACUCAUUUCUCUGUCAGUAAAUGAUGUAAAUAAUUGUUUAUGCUGUAAUUUAUGAGUAACAUAAUCACAAAGCAAACAUGAUUGUGGAUCUGGACAAAUUGACUUUGAUUUAAAGUUAAUUGCAAUAGCUAGUUAUGAAAAUAUUAUAGCAAAAUGCAUAUUAAACAUACUAACAUUUGGGGUUUUUAUCUUAAAGAAAUGGAGAAAAAGUUGUGACAGUUAUAGUUCAGGUGUUGGCAGUUGUCUGUCACGGGUUUUUAGGAAAAUAAAGAAACAUUCUGACACUAAAAGUCCGAUAAUUUUGUUCUAAUUGACAUACAGACAUAUAUUUUGUUAUAUUUGAUUACAAAGUAUGAGCUCUUUUUUGUUGAUGUAAGCUUUAAUAGUUAACAAAUUAAAUUUUUUUAAAGUAACGUAGCUAGUAAGCUAUCUAACGAAUAUGUCCACAAGAAGAAGCCUUCAUCAGCGAGGAUGCAUUUCUAUAGUUUUCCCCAGGUGGCAUUUAAUCUAGGUAAACCACUCCAAAGGAUGUCUAGCACUCUUUGAAGUUUGGAACCCUGACCAUGUCUAUGAUUUUCUAUUUUGCAGCAACGACACCCGCAGCAUGUGGUGGCUAUAAGCGUUACGAUAAAUUAAAUGACUCAAUUCGACAGUUGGUUUCCCAGAAAGAUGUAGCUGGCUCGCCAGAUGCUCCUAUUCUUGAAUAUGAUAAAACAUAUGGGUAAGACUAUGUUCUUAUAUCACUCUCAAAAUUUAAAAAAAAAUGUUUGUUGUAAACUAUUUAAAAUAGAUAGUUAAAACAAAUUUCUUGUUUUUUCAAAGAAAAAUCUUUUACUUUUUUAGCUUGCCUUUUCUAAUUCACAUGAAUCUUUUAAACAUCCCCACAGGACCACAUCUUUUCCCACAUUAGAGACACAUUCUUGUUCUUUCAAUGGAAUAAAAUACACAGAUAUUCCAAUUGUUCACAUCAAGGCAACCAGCAACAAUACAAUCCUAUCAGUUACUAAUGCUGAUGGUAAGUUUAUAUAAAACAUUGAGUGUAACAGUCUGCUUUAUUUUAUAUUUUAAAAAUUGUAAUGACAAAAUACUAGCUUAGUUAACCUAGCCGCACAUUAGAUUUUGUAAUUUUGAAAGAUUGAGCUGAUUGUUGAGUAUUUUUUUAUUCCAAAAAUAAUUGUUCUCAUUAUUUUUGUAGCUUUUAUUAUUUGGUUUUACAUUUGUAAUUUUAAGUUGUUUGGAAUGUUAAGACAUAAAAAUUUCUUUAAUAACUUUUGUUAAGUGAUUGUUAAAUGUUUUUCUAUAAAUUUAUUUAAAAUACUCAAGUAAUUUUAAGUUGUUUGGAAUGUUAAGACAUAAAAAAUUUCUUUAAUACCUAUUCUUAUGUGAUUGCUAAAUGUUUUUCUAUAAAUUUAUUCAAAAUACUCUUUAUUUCAGGACUUGUUUUGGCUGUCCAGUCUGCUGUAAGUCCUAACUUUGAAAAUUAAAUGUGAAAGAACAAUAGAAUAUAAAACUUAUUUGACUUAUUUUAGUAAUGAACGUAUAUUUAUGGAUUUUUUUUUUUUAAAUGCUAUGAAAUCUCAUUUGGUUUUUAUUAAGUAACAUUCUCUGACCAGCCAAAACCAAUGAAUUUAAAUUUUAAAAAUAUUUUACCAGCAUCUCUAGUUAAAUGAAAUUUAAUUUCCAUUGUGAAAAGAAAACCUUGAAAUCAGUACAGUAGUAAGGGGCAAUAUCUUGUUCAAUUAUUUAUUUACUUCAAGAUUUACGGGUGCAAUAUCUUGUUCACUUAUUUAUUUACUUCAUCUAGUAGGGCCAAUAUCUUGUUCAAUUAUUUAUUUACUUCAAGAUUUACGGGUGCAAUAUCUUGUUCACUUAUUUAUUUACUUCAUGUAGUGGGGCAAAUAUCUUGUUCACUUAUUUGUUUACAUUCAUGUAAUAGGGCCAAUAUCUUGUUCAAUUAUUUAUUUACUUUAAGUAGUAGGGCCAAUAUCUUGUUCACUUAUUUAUUUACUUCAUGUAGUAGGGCCAAUAUCUUGUUCACUUAUUUAUUUACUUCAUGUAGUAGUAGUAGGGCAAAUAUCUCAUUCACUUAUUUAUUUACUUCAUGUAGUGGGGCCAAUAUCUUGUUCAAUUAUUUAUUUACUUCAUGUAGUAGGGCCAAUAUCUUAUUCAAUUAUUUAUUUACUUCAAGAUGUAGCUGGGGCAAUGCUUUAUCACUUUCUUCCACUUGUAUUAACACCCAUAGUUCUUAUAAUGGGGGCACAGGUUUAAUUUUUGAAAAAUAUAAAUAAUACAAUUAUUAAAUUGUGUAAAUUCAUUUUUCAAGAGCAGUGGCUACAGCACUUUUUCAUCAGAUUACUGCUAAAUUAAUCCUAGUUUUUGGGAUUUUUCUUUCUUUGAUCCUGUCUAAUAACACUGAAUACUUUGGUGGAGUCUUUAAAUAGAGUCUUUGAGAGAUUAUCCAACCCACUGAAACAGUUCUAAAGAAUACACUGCCAGUCACCUUUUAACACAAUGGCAAUAGUGUUGUUUAUUGUAAUUGCAUCCCACACUACCGGAUACUUGAGGUUGUAACCCUUUAAGAACAAGAAUCAUUCUGCCAAUAACAGUGACAAAAAACGUUCUCUUCACUCACAGGGUACAGUUGGUUUCACAAAUGCCAAAAAAGGAACAAAUGUUGCUGCCCAAGCUGCUGCAAUCGCCCUGGCCAGCGUAAGAGACAUCAUUAGUUAGGGGAUAUUAACUGAGAUCAAGCUUGAAUGCAAUAUUAAAUCCUCAAUAGCACAGUCGUAAAUUAUCUUUUCAGAAAUAUCUUAGUCAUGUUAGGAUAUAAUAAUCCAGCAAAUUUAGCAGGAAUAUCUUAGUAUAGGUAGGAUAUUGCAAUCCAGCAAAUUAGUAUUCUAUUUUAAGUUGAAAUGAAGUUAAGUGCAACAAAAUGUGGUAUAUCCGUGUGUAGCUUAAUAACCCCUCUCUUUGAUGGGUUUAUUGAUUCGUAAAUGAGAUAGCUAGAAGUAAGUCUCUUUGAUAAGUAGAUUUCUUGAACAGCUGGUGUCUUUUAUUUUUAAGAGUGAUCGUAUUAUUCACAAGGUUAUUUAUUUUUUUCCCUGCUAAUUUUUUUUAAAAAAGAGCAGAGUGUAAUGUGAAACAAAAUACAAUUUACCCAAGCCAAGAACACAGCUUACUUCUUUAACAGUUUAGUUUUUUGAAUGGUUAAUUAAAGCAGCACCUACAAUUUACCCAAGCCAAGAACACAGCUUACUUCUUUAACAGUUUAGUUUUUUUAAUGGUUAAUUAGAGCAGCACUGCCUGUGUUUUUUUGUUGUUGUUACAGGAUGCUAAGAGAAAAGAUGUGGACACUGUAAGGGUUUGUGUCCGAGGAAUAGGAGCAGGAAGACUGGUAAAUACAUUUGACUUUACAAUUGUGUGUGUGUGAGAGAGAGCGAGCGGUUGUGCAAAUCUUUCUUCAUUACUUGAAUGCUACUCAGACGUGCAGAUAUGAUUAAGAAUCAAAUACAAACAAGAUAACACUGUGUUUUCCUUACAUAUUCAAAACUGAUUUUAUUUUAUGUGACAAGAAGUGAUGAAAUAAUUUCCAGCACCUUUACCGCACUUAAGUCUGUCAUACGUGCCUAAAUAUAUGGUACACCAUAAGAGAAAAUAACCAGUAAGGAAAAUAUAUGCUGCAAACAACAAAAUAUCUACAUGAAUGUUUUUACAAGUUUACGCCAUUAUUUCCUUUAAAUUAAUUUUAAAAGAAAAACCUUAGCAAAACUGCCUGCAUGACAAAAAUGUUAAAUUAAGAACACAUUGCUAGUACAUGAAUUUAUUCUCGUUGAAUUUGUUGUGAAAAUCUACUGUUGUUUUACAUAAAAUUGCGUCUUAAAACUUCAUAUCUUGGGAAAUCUAAAUUUAAUACUGCAAUUUAGCAGCUGAGUGUGGAGCUGAUCUUCUUUUCACAAUGUUUUCUAUUUGGAGCUGAUCUUCUUUUCACAAUGUUUUCUGUUUGGAGCUGAUCUUCUUUUCACAAUGUUUUCUGUUUGGAGCUGAUCUUUUUUUCACAAUGUUUUCUGUUUGGAGCUGAUCUUUUUCACAAUGUUUUCUGUUUCUCUUGAAGGGGAAAACAGACAUCAUCCACAACAUCAGGUGCACAUUCUGAUUUCCUUCACAGGAAUGGGAAAUUGGUCACAGCUCUUAAGCAUCAACUUUUCUUUUUAUAACUGAAAGAUAAUUUUGGUCAGUCAAAAAAUUUGGUAUUUUUAACUUUGGCAACGGGUGUUUCAUUCCUUCAGUUGCCGUUGAGUGUAAUUUAUUGCUUUGGUUUUAACCUUUUUCAGCUCCCAGGAAAUAAUUGCAGAAUUUUUUUUAUAUUUCUGACAUGAAAAUGAGCUGGAUUUUUAAUUGUCAUAGAUUUUAAUAACCAAUCAUCCCCUCCAGCAAUAAGUUGGCUUUGCUCCCCUCACAUUCUUUGCAGGUUAAGAUGAUUUAAAUUUAAGCGAUUUUGUUAAAUUUGAAAGAAUUUGCAAUGUAACUAUUCAGUUGUGAAGUAUUCUCAACAGUUAAUAUAUUUGCAAUAUAUCUUUAUUUUUUGUAUGUAUCUUUCCUCAACAGCCUGCUAUUAAAGCUUUGCAGUUGUCUGGCUUAAAUAUAGUCUCCAUAACAGAUACUACACGUUUAGCUUUUAAUGGGAACAGACCUAAGAAAGCAAGACGACUUUAGAGUAAACCCCCAAAAAUGUGUGUGUACUAUCUAGUAAUUCUAGCAUGUCUGGACAAAGUUCAAGUGUUUAACUGCCUUUACACUAAUGUAGUGAAGUGCAGUAUUUUCUUUAAUAUAAUUAUUAAAUUUAUAAGGAGAGUAAAAGGGAGGAAAAAAAGGAAGUGUGAUUGCUAUUUUUAAUACAAAAUCUUUCAUACUGUACGUGGUUUGGUUAACUGCUGUUUUCUAUUUUAUAUAAAUAUCUAUGACAAUAAGUAGAAAAAUCACCUGUUAUGUUAACUUUCCACAGCAUACAUUGGAUUGCAUUCACAGCGUGUAUUAAACCAGAAAAAUUAAAAAAGUUCUUUAUUU